CGACAUGAACUAGGUCAAACAAACUUUAAAGCUAUUUAAACACGAGAUAUCACGCAGAUAGUGUAUACAACCCGCACAGGACUAGACUGGAGGUCGAAAGAACAGGGAGGCCAUGUUGGAUUUACAGUAAACAGCUUGUGUGAUCCCGACAUCAGAAAUGCAUCCCCGGCGCAGUGCCCAGGACGUCCUACUGUGUGACCUCUGUAAAACUGCCCCCCUACAGAGUCACUGUAAACUUUGUCAUAUAAAUCUCUGUGUUAUCUGUGUCGGUAAACAUCUCUCCGAUUCCUCUAAAGAUCACAAUGUCGUGCCCUUUAUAAAACACAUCAAGUCUACCCCUAACUACCCAAAAUGUCCGAAACACGCCGACAAACAUUGUGAACUGUUCUGUGAGAAAUGUGACAUUCCUGUCUGUUCUACCUGCAUCUCCUCAGAUAAACACAGAGGCCACAAAAUAUCAGAUGUUCUGGAAAAACUCGGAUCUAAAACAGAAAGUUUACAAAAAGAUUUAGAAGAACUCGAGACCAGAAUUUACCCGCGAUAUGAAGAAAUGGCGUCCGAUGUCCAAACUGAGAAAGCCGAGUUAGAAACGAAAUACGGAAAACUGACAACAGUCGCCGAUCAACAAGGAGAAAUCUUACACCGGGAGAUUACCGCCAUUGUCAACAAAAGGAAAUCCGACAUUGUGGAGAUGAAAAACAAACACCUGGCCGCUCUCAAUAAAAAUACAGAUGAAAUUACAAACCGAAUUACAGAACUCGGACAGAUCAUUCAGGACCUGAAGAAAAUACUGGACUCCAAUGACGUCUCCUUAACCUCAUCUUACAAAUCUAGGAAUUCCGAAUUUAGAACAUUACCGACUAAAGUCCGAGUCACAUUACCGAGUUUCUCUCCUCAGAAAAUAAACAAAGAUCAGCUCAAUGAAAUGUUCGGUUCUCUGUCGCCAUUAUCCAUUAACACAGAACAUGGCGACACAAUGAAGUCAGCAGAAGCUGUAUCGUCUCCUCCAGUCAAACCAUUACUUGAUGAACCGCGCCUCACCGCCACCAUAGACACUGGGUAUAGACUACUAUACAGUGUUAGCUGUCUGAGUGAAGAUCAAGUCUGGACACGCGGGGAUAGCAAAACCAUGAAGCUCCUCAACCUCCGGGGUAAACUACUGACAUCAAUACAAACCAAGUCAGGGAACGAUCCACAGGACAUAGCAGUGACACGGGACGGAGAUCUUGUUUAUACUGACUAUAUCACUAGAACUAUAAACUUAGUUAGGAAUAAACAGAUACAGACCGUGAUCACACUACAGGGGUGGAGACCUCGCUAUGUCUGCUGUACCGCCUCUAACCAUCUCCUGGUUACCAUGGUCAGUGAUGAUGGAGAACAAUCCAAAGUCGUGCGUUACUCCGGCUCCACAGAGAAACAAAGCAUUCAGUUUGAUGAUCAGGGUCGUCCUCUCUACUCAUCUGGUUAUAGCGAAAAAUACCUCAGUGAGAACAGGAACCUGGAUAUCUGUGUGGCUGACUGGUUCACUAGAGCAGUAGUGGUGGUCAAUCAGUCAGGAAAACUCCGAUUUAGAUACACUGGUCAUCCCUCUAAUACCGAGCAAUCAUUUAAUCCAGUCGGCAUCACUACAGACAGUCAGAGUCACAUCCUGACAGCAGACGGUUACAAUGACCGUAUCCACAUCCUAGAUCAGGACGGACAGUUCCUCCGCUACAUUCACUGUGGUUUAGAGUAUCCAUACGGUUUAUGUGUGGACAUCAGAGACAACCUCUUUGUGGCUGAUGGAGAUGAUAAAGUGAAGAAAAUUCAAUAUCUAUAAACACAGUGUUAAUUACAGAUCUCAGCACGGUGUUAAUUACAGCUCUACACAGUGUUAAUUACAUUUCUAAACACAGUGCAAUUUACAGCCUUGUGUUAAUUACAGUGCCAUGUUAAUUACAGUUCUGUGUUAAUUACAGUUCUGUGUUAAUUACAGUUCCUUGUUAAUUACAGCCCUGAGUUUGAGAUGUGUAAUUAACAUGUUCUUGUGUUUGUGUGUGUAAGGAUAGAACACUAGUCUCUCACUGCUGUUUAGUAAUUAUAUCUUACAAUAUCUGUAUUAUUAUAAUUAAUGAGACACUGUUAAUCUUAGUAUACUAAUUACAUGUACUUAUCUAUUGACACAGUAGUUGUGUUCUUGUGUUUGUGUGUGUAAGGAUAGAACACUAGUCUCUCACUGCUGUUUAGUAAUUAUACCUUACAAUAUCUGUAUUAUAAUUAAUGAGACACUGUUAAUCUUAGUAUACUAAUUACUAAUUUGACUGUAUUACUAGUUAUUUAUCUCCAUACAAUCUUUUAAACACAUGUGAGUCAUGGACUACAAUUUAAUGAAUGCAUUAAAAUUAGUUAUUGUGAAGUACUUAGGAAUUUCUCCUUGUCAGUAAUUAUUUUGGCCCAAUUACUAAAUUGACUGUGUUAGUAUUUAUUCAUCUAUCUAUACAAAAUCUUUUGAACACAUGUUUAUAUAAUCAAUUAAUUCAAUGAAAGUAAAUCAAUUAUUGUGAUGUACUAAGAAAUUCUAUUUAGUGUGUAGCCAUGAAUUAUAGUACAUCCACUAGUGAGUACUUACAUGUAAUUAAUUGAAUUGAAUUCUAUAUCCCUGAAUUAUAGUACAUCCACUAGUGAGUACUUACAUGUACCAUUACUUGUUUUUGUGUGAUGAACAGCUAAUAGUACAUUAUUUUGUGAAUUAUUGUAUUCAUUAUCUGUAUUAUAUAACUGUGUAUAUAUAAACACUAUUUAGAG